UGACAAAACCUGGAUAAACCGUUACGAUGAAUUAGGCCGUCUGAAGCAAACAAUUCAGUAUAACGAAUCAGGAUACCCUCUUUUUACCCAUCCUUCCCAUAUAGCAGAGAACAACAACGGGGAUGUUGCUAUUUCGGAUAGAAGUACAGUUGUAGUAGCAAACAUUGGAGGUCGACAUCGCUUCUCUUACAAAGGAGGACUAUCAAAUAUUGGGUUGGUUCAAGGAAUUUGUACUGAUUCACUUUCGCACAUACUAGUGUGUGAAAGUUACAGUAGCUCAGUAUAUAUGAUUAAUAAAGAUGGCGAUUUUCUAAAAUAUCUUCUAAUGCGACCAUCAGGUAUACUAUCACCGAGCAGCCUAACCAUCGAUGUAAACACACACCUUCUCUGGGUGGGAUCAUCAAGUCUAAACACAGUGCUUGGUUAUAGGUACAUAACCCAAUAUGACAGUACUAACGCCGGACCUGUAGUGGAAGCCGAUGAAAGAAAGGCUACUGUACAUUUAAACUCCCAAUUACAAAUAAGACGAGAGCGGUGCAUUGUAAAUCCACGCCUAUAUUUAGAGGUACCCGGUCCAUUGGUUCUGAGUAUAAUUACAGUGAAAGACGUCAGGCGUUGUUCUCAUUUGUCACUUGUGUCGGCAGAUGAACUGUGGGUUAGUGAUGAUAAAAAUACUGUUUUGAUUAACAUUACAGGUAAAUCAAUGCAUCGUAUUAAAGAUGCAUCCAAUAAACGACAUUGCGGAUUACAUACAGUUGCGAGUGAUGGCGAAUUGAUUUAUAUCAAUAAAGAAUAUAACAUAAUGAAACUGUCCACGAUUAUGAAGACAAAAACUAAAUUCAUUACAUUAAAAGACUCUGCGCUGAAACCUUUAAGUGUGUAUUGUUCCCCUUUCACUGGAGAUAUACUUGUUGGAGUGACAAAGGACAACCCAAGAGCCGGCAUUGUUAUGCAUUACAACCGGCAUGGAGAAAAGACGAAAGACAUACAACACGACAACAGUGGACAAUCGCUUUAUAGUAAACCUGCAUAUAUAACGGAAAACAGUAAUGGGGAUAUAGUGGUGUCUGACGCGGGCCUUGAUAAUGUAGUGGUUACGGAUAGGAGAGGAAACUAUCGCUUUUCAUACACAAGUCAUCGUCCAUAUUCAUAUCGACAAUUCUAUGGUGUAUGUUGUGAUGGCCAAUCGAACAUCCUAACAUGUGUCUUAUACUCAAACUCUGUGCAUGUUAUAGAUAAAAAUGGACACUUCCUAUCACAUUUUCAACUUCCAGAGGUGGGAGGAGCAUUCUGUCUGAGUUUUGAUGCCAUCACUAACCGUCUUUACGUAGGUUCAUUCUACAAUGAAACACUGUGUGUUUACAAGCACGUAACAAGGCAGGAUUCCUUGAUAGAUCAAAAAUCAAAUUCUAGUGAUUUUGCGAAGCCAAUUAAAACAACUCGAACAACAGGGACUAAAGAAAGAAUAGAAAGAAAAAAUGAUUUAUUCUUAUCGCAGCAUGGCCCAAUAUACAAAUACCUGUUGGUAACUGGUGUUACGUGCAGCAAAAGCGUAUCUUUAAGCGUAUCUUUAUGCGCAUCAGGUACAUGUAAGAUAUGGGUGGGUGAUGAUAAUAACAUUGUAUUGGUCAACGAAACUGGCGAAACAUUACAUCAAAUCAAAGAUUAUCGCGACGGAACAUACAAUGGGUCUUAUGGAUUUCACACGCUAAACAGUGAUGGUGAACUAAUUUACGUAGCAAAGGAUGACACUAUACUCAAAUUGUCAAAAGAUUUGAAAACAAGUACCAUAUUCAUUGAGAAAACAGAUUCAAAUCAGUGGAGACCGCAAUGUAUAUAUUAUUCCUCAUUCACGAGUGAUAUCUUGGUCGGCAGAGCCAACAUGAAUUUAGGAAGAGGACAAAUAAUUCGGUAUAACAAAACCGGCAAAAUGGUGCAAACAAUACAAUGCAACGAAAAAGGACUGGACAUCUUCAAAUAUCCUUGCUAUAUAACAGAGAACAACAAUGAAGAUAUGGUGGUGUCUGAUACUUCUGGCGCUGUAGUGGUCACAUAUCGUGCAGGAAAUUUUCGUUUUGCUUACACAGGAUAUCCACAAGGAACAGCAUUAGAUCCACUCGGAGUGUCCACCGACGCAUUGUCAAACAUAUUGGUAUCCGAUUAUUACACUCGCACAAUACAUGCUAUUGAUAAAGACGGUCAGUUUUUGACAUAUCUAUCGAUAAACCUACAGUGUGUCUCCACACCAUGUUCUAUUUUCUUUGAUAAAAAGACGCAUCUUCUUUGGGUCGGCUCAGAGUACAGCAAUACAGUAGCUAUUUACAAGUUUUUAAGGAAUGAAGAUGUACUGGCAGAUCAAAAUAAACAUUGCGAUGCUGUAAUACAGAUGCAACAUGAUGUCGUCGAUGGAACUUGUUCAAAAAAGCAGUUAUUUGCCCCAGCAUUACAGGACUAUUUCAUAGUGACAAAUUUUAAACGUUGUUCCCAUUUAUCAUAUGGAACAUCCGACUGCCUUUUAAUCAAUGAAGGAAGCAACUUCAUCAUUACAAGUACAUCAGGUGAAACUUUACACAAUAUUGACGGUUUACGCAGUGAUGCCCGUUCUGGAUCACACUCAAUGAACCUAUCUCGGGAAGAAUUGUUUUAUAUCGAGAAGGACUAUAACAUUGUCAAACUGUCAAAAUAUAAAGAAAAAACAAAAACAACUUUUAUCAAAUGUAUGCAGGAAACCGAUUCUGCAUGGAGACCAUGGUGUCUUUACUGUUCUCAAAUAACUGAUGACGUGUUGGUCGGUAUGAAGAAAUUGGACAGAAUACAAGGCAAGGUUAUUCGGUACAACAACCUCGGGGAAGAAAUACAGGAAAUACAACACAACGAAAUCGGAAGCGAUAUCUACAGUACACCACGUUUUAUAACAGACAACAUUAACGGGGAUGUCGUGGUGUCUGACUCGACAGGUGCUGUUGUGGUAACAGACCGUGAAGGAAGACAUCGUUUUUCGUACAAAGGACACCCUCCUGAAUCAAAACUAUCUCCACUAGGAAUCUGCACUGACACUCUGUCACAUAUCUUGGUAUGUGAUGAGUUAACCCACGCAGUACAGAUUCUCGAUAAAGACGGACACUUCCUAUCCAAUCUGCUAAUUAAACCAUCAGGUAUAGUCUCGCCUAGUUGCCUGUGUUAUGAUGUCAACGCAGACCUUCUCUGGGUAGGAUCAGACGUCAACUACUCGGUAUGUCUCUACAAGUAUCUAUCAUCACAGGACAUUCUUACCGAUGAGAAUUCAGAAUAUGAAGAUAACUAUGAAGAGUGCUGUCUGGUUCAAGCAGAUUUGUAAAGAAAUUCUCUGGAGAAGG